AUGAAAUUACCUUUUUUGGCUUAAAAUAAAAUUUUCUUUUUCCUUUUUGAUGAAUAAAUAAAUAUAAAACUUAUAAACUCUUUAUUUUAUUAUAAAUUUUCAGAAGUCUUAGAAUUUGAAAUGGUUAAUCUUGAUAAUAAAUUUAUUAAAAAUACUAUGUCCUUUUUAUCAUUCAAAGAUAGUUAUGUGUCUUAUAAAACUUAAAAAUUCAAUAAUAUAAAAGGUAUUAGAAUGGAUAGAAUCAUUAAUGCAGAAUUAUUACCUAAUAUAAAAAGUAAUAUAAUUUAUUUAUUUUAUUAUAUAUUUUAUUUUUUAUUUUUAGAUUAGAGUAUUUAAUUAUAAUUUACCUAUAAGUUUUCAAGUAAUUUUAAUACUAGAAAAAAAGAUUAAAUAUAUUCUUGUAAAUAUUAAUUCGAUGCAAUUGAAACCAAUAAAAAUAGAAUUAUUUGGGCUUUUAAGGAAGAAUGUAAGGUAUUUAAUAUUAUUUCAGAAAAAUUUUAUAUUUUAAAAUAAAUAAAAAAAAAGCACAAUUAUGAUUAAUAAAAACAAACUUUUGUUUAAGCAAUUACUCCUAUAAAAGUAGGAGAUAAUAUAUAAAUAGCUAUAAAUUACUAUAAUUUAGGUGGGAUGAUUGAUCUUGAUUCUAUAACAUGGAAAGAACCUAUAUUUUAACAUAUUCCAAAAAUACCUAUUGAUAUAGAUUCUAGUUUAAUCCAUUUAUAUGAUGAAAAUAGAAUCUGUGAAAUUGAAUAAAUAUAUUCAGGAUGGAUUUUAUAUAAUUAUUUUCAUAAUAAUCAAAAAUGUAGAUUAGACUUUUUCGAACCUUAACUAACUUUAAAAGAAACUAGAUGUGCAGGAGUAGAUGUUAUUACUUCUAAAUUAAUAUUUUAAGCAAAAAAUCCAGGUGUUGUUUCUAAAAGUUAUGAAAAUUUUGGAAUUAAUAUUAAAGUUUUGGAUAAUAAAUAAGAAGCUAUAUGCUAAGCGAGAAAAUUGGGUUUAUUUUAAGAUUUAUAAAACGAAAUAUAAUUAAGAAUUGGUGAUUAUUUUAUUUUUUAUAUCUCAAAAGGAGAAUGA